AUGUACUUCUGCUACGAUUGCCACCAGACGUUAUCUGACAUAUUUUAUCCACAAGUUGAGCUUCCUUGUAAAGUCGACGUUAUCAAACAUCCGAAGGAAAAGAAUAGCAAGUCGACAGCGAUUCAUUGCAAGUUAGCCGCUCCAUCUAAAACGCAAAUAUAUGAUACAGUGAAUUUGCCUGAUUAUCGAACAAACUUUCCUGAAGAGCGUGUGGUUUUAGUUUUUCCAACACCCGGUGCCCAGAGCAUUGAAGAAUUUGUUGCCAAGGAAGGCAAAAUAGAUCGUUUCGUAUUUCUGGACUCAACAUGGUUUCAAGUUGGAGUAAUGCAGAAGCUUCCCCAAAUAAAUGGUCUCCCAUGUGUGCAUUUGAAGAAAUAUAAGACGAUCUUUUGGCGUACGCAGCACAACUUGGAUGAUCACCAUUUAGCGACAAUAGAAGCAAUAUAUUAUUCUUUGCUCGAGCUCCGUAAUGCCCUUAAUAAAGAGUCUUAUCAAAUGUCAAAUUUUCGACACGAAGACGUGGACCUUCUUCUGAACUUGGGGCAGUUCAGUUUGCCCACGACCUCCCAACCCGAGGCCAGGAAUACUCCCGGUGGCUCCGAUAGAAUGAAUUCUGCUUCACCAGAAGAUGUUGUCGAUCUCUCGUCGGACGAUGAAGAUGAACAACGAAGCAUUCCCAUCAAUAAGAUCUUUCGCUCGCCGACGAUUUCACUACGGUUUCCGAGCGGACAAGUAGUUAAACGAGAAGCGACAAUGCUUACUGAUUUACUACAAAGGCGAUAUAUUGACUCGUUCGCUAUUGAUCCACUCAUGCAGACUGUCAUAAAUGGCUCAAAAUUUCAACUUGGCUACGUCGGUUCUCAAAGCUUCACAGUUUGGCAGAAUUUAGUGAAGAAAUACAAACUCGAUCAGAUUCAUGAUCCAAAAAUUGCACGUCAAUUCUUAGAUGAGAAUCCGUCUGCAGCGAACGAAUUAAGAAAGAACUUCGAAAUCAAGAACUUUGCUUGUGACACGUCGAAGCCAUAUACCGCCAUCGUAGUUUUCCUCCCUAAUGGAAAUCAUUGGUAUUUGAUUGUUGUGUCUCACUACGCGCAAUGGCUGGACAAAAAAGUAAUCGACCGCCAUGACACACAACCAGCAUUCGUCCAUGUAUUCGACUCGCUUUUGCAAGAUAUCGAACGUAGUGAUGGACAAAAUUAUCGAGUAUUGCCACAAUUGCAUGAUCGAGAAAUGGAGGGAACGCUAUUUCCUAUCAUGAGAUUUGCCGCUUUGGUUUUUAAGGAGGAUCCGGGACUUUUCAAGACUAAACUUCAUUCGAGAGCAGUGCGUGAAGUCUUUGGCCAAGGGACAAAUUUUGAUUGUGGUGCUUUCGUCUUGUUGUAUGCAGAGAAAAUUGCAAAUGGUGAACUGAUAGAGACGACGUCAUUCGAAGCCCGAUUCACUGAGUGGCAGUGGAAAGACGCGGAUUGGAUAAGUUACGAUAAUCAAAAGAUGCAGCUUCAAGACAUGUUAUUUUACCGUGCAUUGUGCUAUCAGCGAGCCAAGGACAUGGUCAGCAAGGGCAAAGAGAUAUUGGAAGUGGCAGAAGAACGGUUGACUAAUGGUGAAUCCGCGUUUGAGGGGGAUCCGAAAUUCGAUUCGAUGCAAGGACUGAUAAAUCGUCAAAGUCUCGCGUCGAUUGGAUUUAAAGCCAAAACGGCGUUUCCCAUUCAAUCAUCAUUUACUCAGCAAAACAAGAUAUUAAUG